AUGAUUAGAAGCCACCCAUGUAGCUCCGGAGAACGAAUGGGUUUCUCAUCUGGUGUCCCUCCUGAAAACAAGCAUUCCAACCGCCGUCGAAGGAGAGUCGUGCCCACUCAUCAUCAUUUGGCGCCCUCGUCGACUCAACUGAUGUCGUCGUCAUCAUCAUCUGUGGUAUCAUCAUUGCCACAAUCGACAUUGCCGUUACAUCAUCAUCAUCAUCAUAUACAACAACAACAACGAUGUUAUGCUUCCGCGACCAAUAACUUUUGGAGGGACCUCAAUGAUGCUGUCCAAGAUGGCAAUGCGAUUGAGGCAGAGGAAAUGGUCCGGGCUUUGUUGAUGGAAGCUCCUGAAAGUGAUGGUGGGGAGAUUUCCAACACGAAAUUGAAUGGAUCAUUAUCAUCAUCACCAUCAUCAUCAAGUGGAAAACGAGAACCCAUUGACACGAGACUCUUUUCCAUGGUUCUGCAAGCCUGGAAGAAUCGUCACCAUAAUAGCAAACCAUCCACACGCGGACACAGCAGCACCAGCAGUAGCAGCAAUACAACACAAUCGAUUGACACUGGACUUCGUGCUACCAAAUUGGUGCAGCAAAUGACAUCUCUAGCAGCAAGAGGUGUUUUGACCACCCCACCAUCCUUGGAGGAUUAUCAUGCCGUAUUGGAAUGUUGGAUUCAACAAACGUCAUCUCCACCGUGGGCUACCAAACAACAACAAGACAACAACAACAACUCGGACCAAAUGAAAUAUACCGCUACAUCGCAACACAUUCAAGACCUUUUGUCCCUCAUACCCGAGCCGACCACUGAAACCAUGGAGCUAGCCCUUGUGGUUCUCGCCAAUGAAGGCAAUCACAAUGAAAUCCUUGAAAUAGUAUGGAAAAUGAGAGAAAAUGCUCUCGGCCACAAGUCCUCCAAGACGGGAACGGUACAGCCGACGUUGCACAUGUACAACUCGCUCAUCAAGGCAUAUUGCAUAGAGGGGACCCCAGAACUAGCACUUUUAUUAUUGGAAAAGAUGCAAGAACAAUCCGAGGUGAAUACGGAUACGAGCCGUCUCCCACUGCCCAGUCCGAAUAACGAGACAUACGACCUUCUCAUUUCCCAUUAUUGUGCCAAGCCACACCCAGAGAGAAUCAAACAGGCCGAAGCCCUAUUGGAGCAGAUGCGAGACCAAAAGAUCCAACGUACAGCCUCCUCGUAUUUGCCUGUCAUUACGGGGCUUUCCAAAUUGGCCGAAGCGAAACGAGCCGAAACCUUGCUGGCACAACUGGUACGAGACUAUCAGAGCCAAUUCGACGCGGAAUUGAAGCCAACACUGGCACCCUUUCGGAGCGUCCUAUGGGGAUAUUCCAAAUCGUAUCACCCAGAGGCGGCGCAGGACGCGGAAGCGCUGUUAAACAACAUUAUCGAGUUACAUGAGAACAAUGUGCUGGAAGAGCGUCCGACGACGUGGUCGUUCAAUUUGGUACUCAAGUGCUGGGCCAGAUCCAAGGACCCCACUGCUCCUCGGAGAGCUAAGCAGUUGUACGAUCGGAUGAGUAAUCACGGCGUUGUGCCUGACAGUACCUCCAUGAAUACCGUGCUGAGUACCUGGGCCAAGAAAGCAAAUCCGAUGAACACAGAAAAUUUAUUUUGGGAUUUCUACAAUGCCUAUAUUCAAGAUCCGCUUCAGUAUCCCCAGCCUAAUAUAAUUUCCUUUGGAACCGUAUUGAAUGCCUUGGCGUCCAAGGCUUCUCGAUAUCCCGAGGCUCCAGACCGAGCGGAGGCCUUGUUUCGCAAACUCUUCGAACUGGACCAAGCAGGGUGGGAAGACUGCCGGCCAGAUGCAGCCGCCUUUUCCAGCUUGAUGCAAUGUUGGGGUAAGUCCAAGCAACCUGGUGGUGCUGAAAAGGCGGAAUCGAUACUCCGCAAAAUGCAGGAAUUGAGCAAGGAAGGUGCCGACCCCGAAAUGGCUCCAGACACAAUCUGCUGGAACUCGGCAAUUCAAGCCUGGGCCAUUGCGGGAGACGGAGAACGGGCAGAGACACUGUUUCGAGAAAUGCUGGCCAAUUACAUUCGGGACAAAGAUGAUCGACACAAACCCAACAUUAUCACCUUCACCGCAGUCCUUUCCGCGUGGGCUAAGACUCGGUUCAAUCGACAAGCUGCAAAGCGAGCCGAGUCGCUCUUGCAACAGAUGGAAAAGCUGCACGUGUCUGGUGCGCUAGAUGUGAAACCAAACUAUGUCAGCUAUAGCAUUGUAUUGGAUUGUCUGGCUUACGCCAAGAAGAAAUCAGCGACUGAACGAGCGGAAGUACUGCUCGAACAGAUGAAACAAUCUACUGAUCGCGACCUGCAGCCGAAUGUCAUUUCCUACAAUGCUGUCAUCAAGGCAUGGUCGUUUGUAAAAGAUCCCAGGACCGUUUCCAAGGUGAUCUCAUUGCUCGACGAGCUCAUUGAAAAGUCGCAAGAGAAUCAUCGAAUGGCUCCGAAUGCCAACACUUUUGGUUCUGUCCUCAAGACCAUCGCUGAUAGCCGGCAUGCCGAUAAAUCCAGCCGCGCUGAUGCCAUCGUGGUUUUGAUGGAAGAGCAAAACAUUAUUCUGAAUGAUUGGGGAAAGAAUCAACUGAAACGGUGCUAUGAAAGCAAUUCUGGAGCAGUUCCAAAAUCUGAAAAGAUCUCGAUGCCAGAUCUACCCCCAUUGGACUAUUCUUCUUAA